ACAGCCAAAUUCCAAAUCUCAAGUUGGAGGGUAUCAUAAAGCUGAAGUUUAUUUUAAGACCAAAGUUCCAUCAUUAAAUCUUGAUCAAAGUGGAGUAACCGAUAUCGAUUGUUAUGAUGAUGAUAAAAUUACAUUCCAAAGACAUGAUGUUAAAAAAGUUCAUCAAUGGCCCGAUAAAGUUAUAUUAAUGAUUUCUCAUAAAUGGAAAUGUUUUGGCAAAUCCACAACACAAUUUUUUAUGGUAAAAGAUAAAAAGGUUGAUAUCAAGAAUAACAAAGUAAUUUUAUCCACGGAAAGGUGUGAUAUUCAAGAUUGGUCCCAAGAAUUUAUUGUUGAUGAUUCAUGGGAAAAUGGAAAACAAAAAAAGAAUUACAGAAGGAUCGACCUUCCAGACAUUGACAUAUCAAAUACGUUAAGUUUAAAUGUUUUAUUUGAUAAAUCGAAAGGGAAAACAUCAAAACCUGAUAUUCCACUUGGGGAAAUCUCGCGUACCAAAUUACUUUGCGCAAAUUGUUUUAUGAACGGUGAAGCUACAGUUUCAUUGAGAAUUGCCGCCGAAUUUGGUUUUUUCUCUGGAUUUGAAUUGACUGAUGCAUCGAUUGCUCUUGAUGGAAAUGUUAAAUUAAACGUUGAUCAUGCCCUUGUUGUUUCAUCUGAAAUUGAAUCCGUUACAACCCUUGCCACUUUGCCGAUAGGAGGCAUUGGCGUACCAGGUUUAUUUAAUCUUGGACCUUCAAUAGAUCUAGUGGCUUCAACUAAAAUAACUGCCGGCGCAAAUGCAACGAUAAAUUUUGGUGGGGACAUAAAUUUACCUAAAUUUCAUGCAAAGGCCACAUUUGUUGAUUUUCCGCCAACCUUUGAACAAUCUGGUUUUAAUCCUGUUGUUAGUUUGCGUAAACCCAAGCUUGAUAUCGGCGCUCAACCUAGAGUGUCAAUUUCCGGUGCAUUAAAACCACGAAUUGCCUUUGGUCUUAGCGUAUUAAACGAUAGGCUUGUAAGAAAGAAAGUUGGCAUUGAGUUAGUUGGACAACUUGACACUAGCAUUAUACAUGGUAAAACGAGUAAUUGUGAUACAGAUUUAAAUGAACGCCUUGAAUCCUCUCUUAAUGGUAAUUUAGGUUUUUUCAUCGAAAAUGAUAACUUUCCUAUUUUCAACUUUCCUUCUAAAGGUUUAUUUAAUGAAUGCAUUUUAUAG